GGAAGAAGAAGGACCACCACUGCACUACACACUACACUGGCCUCAGCAUCUCUCGCUCUCUCUCUCUCUCUCUCUCUCUCUCUAUCUCUUCUCUCUCUCUUAUUUCUUCCUUCCAGCUCUGCACGCUCACCCUGCCAUAGCCGUUCUUGAAAAGCUACUAAUCAAUCAAUCGAUCUCCUGGAUCAAUAGGGGCGGGCAGAAUAUUACAGUGGUCAUACUCAUACUACUGCAGCAGCGUUCCUUCCUGUUGUGUUGUGCUGUGAAUUUUUCUGGUUUUGAUGAAUUGAAAUUGACGUUUGGCCUAUUCCUUUGAUGGGAUAGGGAAAGGAAAAGGGAAAGGGAUAGAGGCUAGGGCGUGUCUGUUAGAUACCACCUAAUUCCAUACCCAUUUCUCCUUGUGUCAAUCUCGUUGAUUGAAGUGACUUUUAGUGCCUUUGUGUCACUUGUUGAUUCAUGGCUGAUAGGCAACACAGAUUUCAUCAGUUCUUCCUUCCAUCAUAGAAACCUCACACCUUUCUUAAUCUUCUCUAUUCUCAACUCUUCAAUUUGUUUAUUUUUAGUCACUGGUUUCGGUUGAACCAAGAUUGAGAUGAAGUUCAUGAAACUGGGAUCCCGGCCUGAUACUUUCCACUCCACAGAGUCUGGGAGGUCUGUGUCAUCAGAGGUUUCAUGUGAUGUUAUUGUUCAAGUAAAAGGUUGCAAAUUCUUUCUUCACAAGUUCCCCCUGCUAUCAAAGUGCUUACGCCUUCAGAAGCUCUGUUCAGAAGCUUCAGCCUCAGCCUCUCAGGUCCAACUGGUUCAACUCCAUGAUUUCCCUGGCGGGGUAGAGGCCUUCGAAAUGUGUGCUAAAUUCUGCUACGCCAUAACCAUCACUAUCAGCGCCUACAACAUCGUCUCCAUUCGAUGUGCAGCUGAAUACCUUCAAAUGACUGAGGAUAUCGAAAAGGGCAACUUAAUCUCCAAGCUCGAAUCCUUCUUCACAUCCUGCAUUCUUCAUGGAUGGAGGGACUCAAUUGUCACAUUACAAAGUACCAAGCCUUUCCACUUGUGGUCCGAGGAUCUCGGCAUUACGCCACGCUGUAUCGACGCCAUUGCUUCUAGAGUGUUAGCCAAUCCUUCGAAGAUCACACUGUCCCACAGCUAUUCAAGAAGAGGUAAAGAUUACGCCUCAUCGAAUUAUGCCUCGGAAAGCCAUAGGAACAGCAAGGUUUCCUCAAGUAAAGGCUGGUGGGCUGAAGACUUGGCAGAGCUAAGGAUUGAUCUGUAUUGGAGGACGAUGAUAGCAGUCAAAUCUGGUGGCAAGUUUCCAUCAAACCUUGUAGGUGAUGCUUUGCUCAUUUAUGCAUCCCGCUGGCUUCCCAACUUAUCAUCGGUCUACUCGAAAAUGGAGAUUGAGGAGAAGCUAGCUGAAUCUGGCACUGAACUGAACACAAUUGGGGAGUUGCCCUCUAAACAUAGGGUGCUUUUAGAAUCAAUUGUCAGCUUAUUACCUGCAGAUAAAGGUGCUGUUUCUUGCAGUUUUCUGCUGAAAUUGUUGAAGGUAGCCAACCUGGUGAAGGCUUCUUCAUCGUCGAAGACCGAAUUGGCAAGAAGGAUUGGGUUGCAAUUGGAGGAAGCCACUUUGGGUGACCUGUUAGUGCCCUGUUUGGCAUCCGUGGAUGGCAUGAAAUAUGACGUCGAUGUUGUCCUGACCAUAUUAGAGCAGUUCAUGUUACAGGGACAGAGCCCCCCAACAAGUCCUCCAAGAACCCGCGAGCCUUUGCUGCAAGAAAGGCAAAGAAGAUCGCAUUCUGCAGAAAACAUUGAUUUGGAGUUUCAAGAGAGCCGGCGAUCAUCUUCUGCAUCACAUAGCUCCAAACUACGAGUGGCGAAGCUUGUGGAUGCAUUCUUACAAGAAAUAGCCAAAGACAGAAAGCUUCCUCUUUCGAAAUUCAUUGCAGUUGCAGAUGCCAUUCCAGGGUUCGCUAGGCCAUACCAUGACGAUCUUUACAAAGCUAUCGACAUUUACUUAAAGGGACAUCCAGAGCUCAACAAAACUGAAAAGAAGGAGCUAUGCCGGCUACUAGACUGUAAAAGGCUAUCCAUGGAAGCGAGCAUGCACGCGGCACAAAAUGAGAUGCUACCGUUAAGGGUGGUUGUUCAAGUUCUCUUCUUCGAGCAAGCAAGAUCGACAAUGGCUAGUGGUCAGCUUACUGAGCUUCCAAGGAACCUGAAGGCACUAUUAGCAGGACAUAUGGCUCAAUCACUGCCUAAAGCAUCUUUCAGCACAAAUGCUACCAUGCCAAUGGACGACCAGUGGAGUGUUUCAGGCCUCAAGUCGGGGAGCACUAAUCUUUCUACCCUCAAAAUGAAACUUGCAGAGGAUGAUAGCUUUGAGAUCAACUUCCAUGAUGGAAUUGAAAAUUCUUCAAACCUCAAGUCCAUGUCCUUGAGCAUGAUCCCUAACAGAUCUAAAGGAAUGUUGAGCAAGUUCUGGCCCAUCUCCAGAAGUGGAGGUGACAAGAAGUGAUAAAUCAAGCACCCCACCCCAACUCAACCAAUUCAUGAUUCUUGCACAGCUCUUUGUAAUUAUUAGGUUAAACAAAUCCUUGUGACUUUAUAACUCGUCUGCUGCUAAUAAUACAAAUGAAGAACAUACAUAGUUUUGACACGAGAUAUCGCUUGUAGAAUUGAUUGACUGACUGGCUGUAAACUUAUGUUCAUUGCCUUGGCAACUAUACUUUCUCUGAGGCAUAAUAGUUGUUACCAUUGAUAAUGAU